AUGUACCCAUACAGCAUGUCAGUGUCUAGUAUCGACGAGACGGGUCAAGCCAUUCAAGAUGUAUGUAGUGUUCUGCUAGGUGUUGUAACGCAGCGAAGAAGAACAGUGUUACCCAAGGAAACAAAGGAGUUCCUGGAAAGUGUGUUUGAAAGGAAGCGUUGUCCCAACGCCAAAGAAAGACGGGCAAUUGCAGAGAAAUGCGGGUUAACACCUAUACAGAUAAGAAUAUGGUUCACAAAUAAGCGAAUGCGUUCUGCGCGCUUUUAA